AUGUUGUCUCUCGUGCUGUUAGGGUGUGUGUGCUUCGGAACACUAGUGUCCUCUGCAGGUCCAGGUUCCUGUACCGGAGCUGGUGCAUGUUCUGGUCAGGGUUCAGGAUCGGGGACAGGAACGUGUACUGGAGCCAAUUCCUGUUCAGGAGUGAAUAGCGGUGGUGGUCAGCGCUCUUGUACCGGAGACGGUUCGUGUAGCGGAGAGGAAUCGGGAAGCGGAAUUGGGUCGUGCACGGGAGCUACUUCAUGCGGAGGACCCAAAAGCGGUGGAGGCACGGAUUCGUGCACUGGAGCUGGUUCGUGCAGAGGUGCUCGAAGCGGCGGAGGCACGGGUUCUUGCACUGGAGCCGGUUCGUGUUCUACUCCGGACUCGGGUAACUGUGACAUGUGUUGUACAGUUGCAGAUUCAUGC